AUGGCAAGGAAGCUCAGUGUAUUGGAAGUCCUUCUGAUCAUCUUCUGCCUAAUUGUGGUGGUCAUAGAUAUCCUCUUGCUGCUUCUUGUGUUGGAGGAACCUUCAGAUACUUCAUUUACUCCAGAGUGCCCGGAUAUUCCCCACUCGGAAAGGAUAGACUGCAUACCUGACCAGGAGGUGACCGAGGAUAUCUGCAGAUGGCAAUAUAAGUGCUGCUGGUCACCUGUGGAGGAUGCCAAUGUCCCUAGGUGCUUCUUCCCCUGUAACUGGGGCUAUGAAGCCAGCAAUGGCCAUACAAAUACAAGCACAGUGACCGACCAACAGUUUGAGCUUAAUUCACAAACUGUACUGGAGUUGGACACUAGCAUCGGGCCCCUCCAGUUUGCCCAGCAGUACCUGCAACUGUCUUUCCGACUGCCCAGUGCCAAUGUGUAUGGGCUGGGAGAACAUGUGCACCAGCAGUACCGCCACAACAUGACCUGGAAGACCUGGCCCAUCUUCACCCGGGAUGCCACCCCCACCAAGGACAUGAUUAAUCUGUAUGGAGCUCAUACAUUCUUCUUGUGCCUUGAAGACGCCAGUGGCUCCUCUUUUGGCGUUUUUCUGAUGAACAGUAAUGCCAUGGAGGUUACCCUUCAGCCAGCUCCUGCAAUCACUUAUCGCACGAUUGGAGGCAUUCUUGACUUCUAUGUAUUCCUAGGAAACACUCCAGAACAAGUGGUUCAGCAAUACUUGGAGCUUGUUGGACGGCCAUUCUUGCCUCCCUAUUGGAGUCUUGGGUUCCACCUUAGUCGCAGGGAUUAUGGUGGCAUCAAUAAAUUGAAAGAAGUUGUAAGCCGAAAUCGUUUAGCUGAGAUACCAUAUGAUGUCCAGUACUCUGACAUAGACUACAUGGAUGGAAAGAAGGAUUUCACUGUUGAUGAAGUCGCUUACUCCGGUCUCCCAGAUUUUGUCAAGGAGUUACAUGAAAAUGGACAGAAAUAUGUUAUUAUUAUGAAUCCUGGCAUCUCCAAAAACUCUAACUACGAGCCCUAUAAUAAUGGAAGCCUAAAGAGAGUGUGGAUCUUGGGGAACAAUGGCUUUGCUGUUGGGGAGGGAUAUCCGGGACCGACAGUCUUUCCCGAUUAUACCAAUCCAGUAUGCACUGAGUGGUGGAUAGAUCAGGUCGCUAAAUUUCAUGAUCGUCUGGAGUUUGAUGGAGUGUGGAUUGAAAUGAAUGAAGUUGCUAGCUUACUCCAAGCUUCUAAUGACCAGUGUGAAUCCAACAACUUGAACUUUCCUCCUUUUCUUCCUAGAGUUCUGGAUCACUUACUUUUUGCAAGAACUCUCUGCAUGGACACGGAGUUUCAGGGAGGCCUUCACUAUGACAUCCACAGCUUGUAUGGCCACUCCAUGGCAAGAACCACAAACUUAGCCCUGGAGACCGUCUUCAUGAAUAAUAGGAGCUUCAUCUUAUCCCGUUCAACUUUUGCUGGAUCUGGCCAAUUUGCUGCUCAUUGGCUGGGGGACAAUGCGGCCACAUGGGAUGACCUCCGAUGGUCAAUCCCCACUAUCCUUGAGUUCAACCUGUUUGGCAUCCCUAUGGUAGGUGCCAACAUCUGUGGUUAUACCAACAAUGUCACAGAGGAGCUCUGCAGAAGGUGGAUGCAGCUUGGAGCAUUUUAUCCACUACCAAGGAAUCACAAUGGGCCUGGGUUCAGGGACCAGGAUCCUGCUGCCUUUGGUGCUGAUUCCCUGCUGCUGAGUUCCUCCAGACAUUAUCUGAACAUCCGCUACACCUUGCUGCCCUAUCUCUAUACCCUUUUCUACCGUGCUCACACCCAGGGAGAGACGGUGGCAAGGCCCCUUGUACAUGAGUUCUACCAGGACUCAGCCACGUGGGAUGUGCAUGAGCAGUUCUUAUGGGGACCUGGACUCCUCAUCACGCCUGUUUUAUAUGAAGGUGUGGACGAGGUGAAAGCAUACAUACCUGAUGCCACCUGGUAUGACUAUGAGACAGGAGUGGCCAUCCCAUGGAGGAAGCAGUUGGUGAAUAUGCUUCUCCCAGGUGAUAAGAUAGGACUUCAUCUGCGAGGGGGCUACAUAUUUCCCACUCAGAAGCCGAACACAACCACAGAAGCCAGCCGGAGGAAUUCCCUGGGACUCAUCAUCGCCUUGGACUAUAAGAGAGAAGCGAAGGGGGAGCUGUACUGGGAUGACGGUGUAUCUAAAGAUGCUGUAACUGAAAAGAAGUAUAUUCUCUAUGAUUUCUCUGUUACCUCUAACCAUCUACAAGCAAAGAUUAUAAAUAAUAAUUACACGGACACUGACAACCUCAUGUUUACAGAUAUCACAAUCUUGGGAAUGGACAAACAGCCAGCUAAUUUUACCGUCUUACUGAAUAAUGUCGCCACCUCCAGUCCAAGCGUUGUCUACAAUGCUUCCACAAAGGUGGUAACCAUCACUGAUCUCCAAGGACUGGUACUGGGACAAGAAUUCUCUAUUAGGUGGAAUCUUCCUGUCAAUGACCUGGAGAAGUUCAACUGCUACCCUGACGAUCCAACAGCCUCUGAGGAGAGUUGUCGGCAGCGGGGGUGUCUUUGGGAGGACACAUCUACUCCUGGAGUGCCCACCUGUUACUAUGACACCAUCCCUAAUUAUGCUGCUAGUGACAUUCAGUAUCUGAGCACCGGCAUCACUGCAGACCUUUCCCUCCUGAUGGCCUCUGAGUCAGCUGCUGCUGCUGCUGCUGCUGCCUCUGAUUCUCUCUCUGCACAGAUCAGCCUCCUCCGCCUGAAUGUGAUCUAUCACACAGCAACCAUGCUGCAGGUCAAGAUGUAUGACCCCAGUAAUAAAAGGUAUGAGGUUCCAGUAUCACUGAACACCCCUCCCCAACCAGUUGGUGACCCUGAAAACCGUUUGUAUGAUGUCAGGAUUCAGAACAAUCCUUUUGGAAUCCAGAUCCAACGCAAAAACUCCAGCACUGUGAUUUGGGAUUCUCAACUCCCUGGCUUCACCUUCAAUGACAUGUUUCUCUCCAUUUCUACGCGUCUGCCCUCUCAGUACAUCUAUGGCUUUGGGGAAACUGAGCACACGACUUUCAGAAGAAACAUGAACUGGAACACAUGGGGGAUGUUUGCUCGCGAUGAGCCACCUGCGUACAAGAAGAAUUCCUAUGGUGUCCACCCUUACUACAUGGCACUGGAGGAGGAUGGUAGUGCCCAUGGAGUGCUCCUGCUAAAUAGCAAUGCCAUGGAUGUGACAUUACAGCCCACCCCUGCCCUGACAUACCGCACCACCGGAGGGAUUUUGGACUUCUACAUUGUUUUGGGGCCAACCCCUGAACUUGUAACUCAGCAAUACACCGAGUUGAUCGGUCGGCCAGCAAUGAUUCCAUACUGGGCCUUGGGAUUCCAGUUGAGUCGCUAUGGAUACGAGAAUGAUGCUGAAAUCUCCAGUUUGUAUGAUGCAAUGGUGGCAGCCCAGAUUCCCUAUGACGUCCAGCAUGUAGACAUCGAUUACAUGAACCGGAAGCUGGAUUUCACCCUCAGUGCCAACUUUCAAAACCUCAGUCUUCUGAUUGAGCAAAUGAAGAAAAAUGGCAUGAGAUUUAUUCUCAUUUUGGACCCAGCCAUUUCUGGCAAUGAGACACAGUAUCUCCCAUUCAUUAGAGGACAGGAAAAUGACGUGUUCAUCAAAUGGCCUGACACCAGUGACAUUGUCUGGGGAAAGGUUUGGCCAGAUCUGCCUAAUAUAAUUGUAGAUGGAUCCCUUGACCAUGCAACUCAGGUUAAGCUCUACAAGGCCUACGUUGCCUUUCCUGACUUCUUUCGUAAUAGCACAGCUGCGUGGUGGAAGAAAGAGAUAGAAGAGCUCUAUGCAAACCCUCGAGAACCAGAGAAGAGCCUGAAGUUUGACGGAUUGUGGAUUGAUAUGAAUGAGCCAUCAAACUUUGUGAAUGGAUCUGUCAGGGGCUGCAGCGAUGAAAUGCUAAAUAACCCACCCUAUAUGCCAUAUUUGGAAUCUAGGGACAAGGGCCUGAACAGCAAGACCCUGUGCAUGGAGAGUCAGCAGGUCCUGCCAGACGGCUCCCCCGUGAAACACUACAACGUGCACAGCCUGUACGGGUGGUCCCAGACCAGACCCACAUACGAAGCUGUGCAGGAGGUGACAGGACAGCGAGGGGUCGUCAUCACCCGCUCCACAUUUCCCUCUUCUGGACGCUGGGGAGGACACUGGCUGGGAGACAAUACAGCUGCGUGGGAUCAGCUGGGGAAAUCUAUCAUUGGCAUGAUGGAGUUCAGUCUCUUUGGAAUACCUUAUACAGGAGCAGAUAUCUGUGGGUUCUUUGGAGAUGCUGAAUAUGAGAUGUGUGUUCGCUGGAUGCAGCUGGGGGCAUUUUAUCCAUUUUCCAGAAACCACAACAACAUCAGGACAAGGAGACAAGAUCCUGUGGCCUGGAAUUCAACCUUUGAGAUGUUAUCCAGAAAAGUCCUAGAGACCAGAUACACCCUGCUUCCUUAUCUCUAUACUCUGAUGCAUAAAGCUCACGUUGAGGGCAGCACUGUUGUCCGACCCCUUCUCCAUGAGUUUACGGAUGACAGGACAACAUGGGAUAUAGACCGUCAGUUCAUGUUGGGUCCUGCUAUCUUAAUCAGCCCUGUGUUGGAAACUAGCACAUUUGAGAUCUCUGCUUAUUUUCCGAGAGCCCGUUGGUAUGACUAUAGCACGGGAACUAGCAGCCAAUCAACAGGUCAGAGGAAAAUCCUGAAGGCUCCCCUUGACCACAUCAACCUUCAUGUCAGAGGAGGCUACAUCCUGCCCUGGCAAGAGCCUGCAAUGAACACUCACUCCAGUCGACAGAAUUUUAUGGGAUUGACUGUUGCUUUGGAUGACAAUGGGAAAGCUGAAGGCCAGGUGUUCUGGGAUGAUGGACAAAGCAUUGAUACCUAUGAAAAUGGAAAUUAUUUUUUGGCAAACUUUAUAGCAGCUCAGAACAUCCUGCAAAUCCAGACCAUACACAAUAAAUAUUUGAGUGACUCGAAUUCACUAAAAGUUAGAUAUAUUAGAAUCUGGGGUGUGAACUCUACUUAUGUGACACAAGUCAAUUUCACCUAUGACAACCGGCAAUAUAUGGAGACAAAUUUCACGAGUGACCCUUAUAAUCAGACACUAACUAUUCAAUUGACUAACAACACUAUCAACCUGGAAAAGUUAACUGAGGUUAUUUGGAUUGAUGGUGAUCCUGUACUUUCCACUACAACUGAGACAAGCACCAUCUCAAUGAGUUCUCAUCCUUCUCCAUCUACUACCAAUGCCACCAGUUCUGAGACAAUCACCAGUUCUGCCAGUGCAAAUACCACCACUGGCACUACUGCUACUGUUCCCAUCACAACCACAUCUUUCCCAACAAGUACUAUUGGUGUUACAACUAAUGCUACUGUUCCCAAUAUGACUGCCCCUUUCCCGACAAAUGCUACUGCUAGCACUAAUGCUACUGUUCCUAUCACAACCACACCUUUGGCAACAAGUACUACUGGUGUUACAACUAGUACUACUGUUCCCGAUACAACUGCUCCUUUCCCUACAAGUACUAGCACUAAUGCUACUGUUCCCAUCACAACCACACCUUUCCCAACAAGUACUAUUGGUGUUACAACUAAUGCUACUGUUCCCGAUACGUCUGCCCCUUUCCUGACAAAUAUUACUACUGCUAGCACUAAUGCUACUGUUCCCAUCACAACCACAGCUUUCCCAACAAGUACUAUUGGUGUUACAACUAAUGCUACUGUUCCCGAUACGUCUGCCCCUUUCCUGACAAAUAUUACUACUGCUAGCACUAAUGCUACUGUUCCCAUCACAACCACACCUUUUGCAGCAAGUACUAUUGGUGUUACAACUAGUACUACUGUUCCUGAUACGACUGCUCCUUUCCCUACAAGUACUACUGGUGCUAGCACUAGGGCUAGUGUUCCUAUUACAACCACACCUUUCCCUACAAAUACUGCAGAUGCUAACACUGAUAAUACUGUUCCUAAUACCAUUAUGCCUUCUCCUACAGGUAGUACUACUGUGAGUACUAUUGCUACCAUUCCCAUUUCAGUGACUCCUUCUCUGACAAGUACUGCUGAUGCCACCAUUAGUACUACUGCACUUAUUGCCACUACUCCUUCUCUAACAAGUACUACUGAUGUUAGCACUAGCACUACUAUUAAUGAUAUAAGUACUCCUUUUCAAACAAAUACUACUAAUGCUAGCACUAGUAUUAAUGUUGCUAAUAUAACUGCUACCUCUCAUACAAGUACUGAUGAUACUGUUCCUAAUAAUACUGCUCCAAUUACAGCUAUUCCUUCUUUUGCAAAUACUGGUGUUGACACUACUAGCAACAGUUUUUCUACUAUGACCACUUCUUUCUCUGAAAGUAGUAAUGCUAUGGACUCUGCUGUUAUUACGGUAACCAUUUCUCCUACAAGUGCUGAUGUUGCUAGCACAAAUAAUGAUGCUUCUGUGACAAAUUCUCUUUUAGCUACAAUGUCUGCUGGUAAUACAACUAGUAAUAGUAUUUCCAUAACAACUACUUCUUUUGGUAAUAGUGUUCCUAUUGUGACUACUCCUUCUUCAAGUACUGAUGCUACUACUACAAGUAAUAAUACUAUUCCUGGCAUGACUACUUAUUACCAAACUUCUCCUACCACUCCUACCCAUAUUCUUACUCCUAUUUUGAGCAUGUUUCCAACAAGUAAUACAUUCACUACUGAUAAAAUUACUAAUUUUACUACCCCUACAAAUGCAAACACCAUGAUUUUCAACACUCUUGAUACAAAAAGUACCAUGAUAAUAGAUGCUAUGGUCACUACUACCAGCACCAAAGAUAAUACCGUAAGUCCAGAUACAACAGUUACUUCCACAGACAAAUUCACCACACACAUCACACAGUUCACUACUCCCCAUUCUACUACUACUACAACACUGGCCUUAAGCCACACAUCAUUAGCUCCUACAAAUCAUUCUAAUCUAGGCACCAUGGAUAUUACUGAUGCAGAUAACUCCAGCAGUGUUACAGGUAACACUACACACAUUUCCGUUUCAAAUAUCACAACAGUCUCAGACACAAUAACAGCUACUGGUCUAGAUUCACAAACUCCCCACAUGGUAACAAAUUCUGUGGCUAGUUAUUUACCUAUUACUGCAACUAGUGCUACCAAAGAUACUACAAGUAUUACAAAAUAUGCUUUAAAUACUACCACUCCUGAUAGUACAGUACAUACCUCUGCUACUGCACCUACUUAUAUUACAAAUGCCAUAAAUGCUACUCAAGUUCCAUGAUUACUACUCAAGGCAGGGUAGUUACCUCAUAUAACUCCUUCAAACAACUAUUACAGAUAUAGAAAAUCAGUUAUGAGAUACUCUAUCUUAUGCUACUUAAGUUUUCACAAAUGUUAGUACUCUAGCCAUAAAAGACACAGCUACUCCAAACACUGUCGUCAUUGUAGACAUGUUUAGGAAGGCUUACAAACCUUGUAGAUUUCACAAAAGAAGCUGUGGGUACUUAUUUUGCAGCCAUAAUAUGUAUUCUUAUUC